AUGUUUCAAAGGACAAUGUGUAUUUCCGCUAUUUUACUGGAAUUUAUUCGCCUCGGAACUGAUGAAGAUUUUAAUAUCAGCGGAGAUCUGUUUCUUCCUUUACUUGGAAGUACUGAUGGUUUGUAUGGGUUGGACCGACUGCUAACAGUUUGUAUGUGCAAUCCCGCUCGUGUCCAAUGUCGCAUUCCACAGUGCAAAUAUCCGUUUCAUUUUCUUCUCAUUUUUUCGGUCUUCAUGAUUGACCACCAGAAGGACACGGUGAACUGUGUUGCAUCCGGCAAGGAGGAGCAUAUUAGUGCGAUGGAUGUUUACGAGAUGUUACAAACCGGAAACAGACGGUAUCGUUGGAAGCACGCUUUUCAGCAGGAAUUUAGCGCACGGAUUAGAGUGGAUUGUGCAGAAACCGCUGUUAAGCUCAAAAUAUACGCCAAAAAAUACAUAGCAAAUUUUGAAGAGAAGCUCAGCGCUGAAACAUCGGGAAAGAAGAGAUUGCACAAGGAAAGUGCCAAUCAUUCUGCGAACAGUAUUCUACCUGAUGUGUGA